CCACCAGACAACCAUGGUAUUUGCAUACAGUGAAGGGGAGAGGGACAAGACACACCCAUCAAUCAGCCCCCUGUAUCUCGCAAUAGUCCAUGAUGAGCGCAGCACAAAGAAAAGGGAGGAACACGUACAUACCCAUGUUAGCCAAGUAUACAAAGCACACUUGAGCCACACACAGACACGGUGAAACAUCAAUCCCCCCAUAUGCGUUUCCACAACACCACAUCCGAGCACACUUGCCACAGCACUGCGACACGUUCGCAUCAACCCCCCCGAGGAUAUCACGUACCAUCUAUCCAUCCAUCCACCCGUCCAUCACUUCCACUUUCUCCAAAACCCCCCAUCCCCACCGCCACACGCACUUAUCCUUCCGAGUCCCGUUCCAUUUUCAUCCCUCUCUUUUCCUCUCGUCUCUAGCUAGCUAGCAAGCAAGGAACUCUCUAUUCUUGUCGCAGUUCGUUCGUGAGGGGGUUUUUGUUCCGUGGCUUUUGUUUCUUUUAUUAAUUGCAACUGCUUCCUUUCCCUUUUCCUACUUUUUUUGUGGCGGUGCCUCUUUCUCUACUUUACGUCCCUCUUACUCUAUCAACGACCUCUUUUUUCUUCCUUUUCUCUUCUCUUUAACAAUAUUGCCUCUGAGAGGAUUAAGCUUUACCUUUAUUGUUCUUCUUUGCUUUCCCCUCUCCUCUCUAUCCAUCUCCUUCUUUACCUUAAUUGAUAGACUUGUUGUUAACACCUUCUCUACGCUUCUCUCUCUGUCUCCUCUUUCCGUCUUCAACGAGCUUUCUGGAGGCACGUACACCGCGCACAGAAGAAACCCCUAUUUAAACCGUCCUACCGCUGCUAAAGCGCACCGUCAUCACCAUGGUUCUGAGCAAGAGAUAUUGCGUCGAGUAUGUCGAUGGCACGGUUGAGUGUUUCCGAGAUGGGUUCUGGUAUUCGUCGGUAUGUCUCCAUCCUCACCCAUCUCCUUCCCUACCGUCUCUCUCUCUCUCGAAAAAAAAAAAAUGAAAAACGAGGAAGUAGAAAUGUGGUUGGUCUACGACGCGAUUAAACAACAUGAGAAACUGGGAACGUUUGCUGACCGUCACUUCGCGAUUGGAAUAUAG